GAGUGGUGGCGGCGGCGGUGGUGGCGGGGGGAGGGUUCAUGGCAUGGCGCAUGCGGUCAGGGCGGUUUGGACGGUCGAUGCUGGGAGUAGAGGCGGCCAUGGUUGGACAGAAGGAGCAGGCUGCUUCUGAAGCAGCAGCAGGCGCAGAGGAAUAUUCAGAAGUUGAGGAGAUGCAGUGGGCGGUGCGCGUGGUGCGGCACUGGCAAGAGGUGAAAGCAGCAGCGCUGGGCCCGCAACACCGGGUGGACCGGCUGGGGGAGAUCCUGGAGGGGCCGAUGCUGGAGCUGUGGCGCAACAGAGCCAAGGAGGUGGAGAACAAUGGGUGGUUCUGGGAAUACAGCUUCCUCAGCCUCAAUGUUGAGAUGGCAGCAGUGAGCAAGUGUCAGAAGAAGGCAGUAGUAGAAGCGGUGGUGCAGGAGGCAGCACGGUUGGUGGAUGCAGCAGACCCGACGCACAACGAUGCUUCCGUCGUUCGAGUCGCGGCGGCAGCAGGAGAUGAUGACGUGUCUGCCAGCUCAGCUUCCAGUGGCGAGUCGCAACGCCCACAUUCCGCGAUUCGCGAAAUUCAGCGCCAGCUGGCGAGUGGCGAGCGGACAGCUGUCGGCGUGGCAGAGGAGUAUCUGGAGCGGCUGGAGGCGCAGGAGGGGCAGCUGAGAAGCUUCCUCCACACUGACAGGGAGGCGGUGCUGCAGCAGGCACGGGAGGUUGAUGCUGCCCUGGCGUCUCAGUCGGGCAGCGGAGAGAAAACUUUGGGGCUGCUGACCGGAGUGCCCAUGGGGGUGAAGGACAACCUGUGCACACGUGGCAUGCCCUCCACCGCUGCCUCUAAGAUCCUCAAGGGCUACAUGCCGCCAUACGAUGCGACAGCAGUGGGGAGGGUGAAGGCGGAGGGGGCAGUGGUGGUGGGGAAGACGAACAUGGACGAGUUUGGCAUGGGCAGCACCACAGAAGGGUCUGGUUACCAGGUGACAGCCAACCCCUGGGACCACUCGCGAGUGCCAGGCGGCAGUUCAGGAGGCUCUGCUGCUGCUGUGGCAGCGGGGCAGUGUGCCGUGGCUCUGGGCUCUGACACAGGGGGCAGCGUGCGUCUCCCUGCAUCAUUCUGCGGUAUAGUCGGCUUGAAACCUUCAUAUGGGCGAGUCUCUCGCCUUGGCCUCAUGGCCUAUGCGUCCAGCCUGGACUGUGUGGGCGUGUUGGGGCGGUCGGUGGAAGACACGGCGAUCGUGCUGCAGGCCAUGGCGGGGAGGGACGACGGUGACAGCACGUGCAGCAAGGAGCCAGUACCAGACUACACGGCCGCCCUCCUCCCCGUCGCCUCGCUCGCCUCCAAGCCGCUGACAGGUGUCCGCCUCGCAUUGGUCCAGGAGACCAUGGGCGCGGGCGUCGAUGCUGACGUGGCGCAGGCCGUCCGGGCGGCAGCGGCGCACUACGAGACGCUCGGAGCCACUGUCGAGGAGGUAUCCAUGCCAUUCUUCGCCAAUGGCCUGCCAGCAUACUACAUCCUCGCACCUUCUGAAGCCUCCUCCAAUCUCUCCCGCUACGACGGCAUCAGGUUUGGACCACAGCUGGAGGGCUCCGACCUCACGUCUCUCUACAGCAACACUCGAGGCCAGGGCUUUGGCAAGGAGGUGAAGCGGCGCAUCCUGAUGGGCACAUACGCGCUCUCCGCAGGCUACUACGAUGCCUACUACAAGAAGGCCCAGCAGGUGCGCACGAUGAUUCGGAGGGAGUUCCUGGCAGCUCUCGAGGGGCAUGACGCCCUCAUCACCCCCACUGCGCCCACCACAGCUUACCGCAUCGGUGAGAAGACAUCAGACCCCCUCGCCAUGUAUGUUGGAGACCUCAUGACGGUUAAUGUGAACCUGGCGGGUCUGCCAGCCAUCUCCCUGCCCUGUGGAUUGGCCCCCGGUGGGCCACGCGGUCUGCCCAUCGGCCUUCAGAUCAUUGGUGCUCCUUUCGCUGAGGCGGCCAUUCUCAAGUAUGCGCAUGUGUUUGAGCAGACCACUCCUGCAUGGCAAUCAGGACUCUCUAUUGCAUCUCCUGUUACUGCUACAGCUUCCACAUAG